AUGGAAUACAAAAAUAAAAAACAAUUAACAACAACGGAUUUAAAUAAAAUAACGUCAUUACCGGAAAUAAUAUUUGAUCCGUACGUAAUGUCUUCUGCUUCGCGUGAAACACAUAUAAAAUCACUAAUGAAUCAACAUUUGAUUAAACUACGAGAAAAAAAUUUUUUUUUUAAUACUAGACCGGAAAAACCGCCAUAUUCGUAUAUUGCUUUAAUUGCGAUGGCUAUAAGUUCGGCACCCGGUAAAAAAAUAACAUUAAGUGGAAUUUAUAGAUUCAUCAUGGACAGGUUUCCUUACUACAGAGAAAACAAACAAGGAUGGCAAAAUUCAAUACGUCACAAUUUGAGUUUAAACGAUUGUUUUGUUAAAAUACCAAGGAAUAAAUCUUGUUCUUCCGGUGGUAAAGGUAGUUACUGGACAUUGGGACCUGGUGCCAUUGACAUGUUUGAAAACGGAAACUACAGAAGAAGAAGAUCAAAACGUCAAAGAGGAAAUCAAAGGCAAAUACAGGUAUAA